UUGUGACGGUAGUAAAUACCCAGGUAGGCCUAUUUCAUUGUUACAGUAUAUUACAAAAGAAGAGAAAAAAGCUUAAGCCAAAGUGCAUUGCAGAACCAGGCCUGUUCGGAAAACUUGCUUGUUAAUUCCUGGGUGUGAGAUAAAGUGAACAGAAAGAAACAAGCGCAGUAUGGAUGUGUCUUAUUUUCAGCAGCAAGGGAUGUCUUUUGUCUCUAUAGCUUUGGCAGGAGUAUCCAUAGCAACGGUUGUCACAAGUUACACAAUAGCUGUUGUCAGGGGCGAUGUUCAAAGUAUAUUCCCUUACAUAAGUGAUACUGGUGGAAAACCUCCAGAAAGUUGUGUUUUUGGUCAAUUACUGAACCUGACAGCAUUGCUGUUGUUGGCCUCUGCUUGGAUCAGAUACAAACAGAUGGAGGAGUUGAGACUAAAGAUGACAAAAGCUUUUGGAUUUUGGAACAAAAUAGGAAUAUUAAUUGCUAUAUGUGCAGCAUUGGGUUUAAGUGUUGUUGCAAAUUUUCAGGAUAAAGCAGUUCUAGUAGUUCACAUGAUUGGUGCGUGCACAGCAUUUAUUGGAUUCGUUAUUUACGCCGGUAUUCACACAUGGAUCUCUUACAAGAUUUGCCCACAAUUCACCAGUUUAGCUCAGUGCAGGUUUCGGCUAUUUUUAACCAUAUCUGGCAUCGCUUUAGUGUUCUCAACUUAUAUGGCGGAGAUUGCAGCCUCAAGGCAAUGGGAAAAACACCACGUUCACAAUGACACUUUCCAGUGGAACAAAGAAGAUGGUGGUUAUGCUGCGCAUCUGGUGAGCACAUUCAGUGAGUGGUUCCUCGGAGCCGCCAUUUUAACUUUUUUCAUCAGCUAUUUUUCUGAUUUCAAGAAAGUCGUCAUUGAGUUAGAUAUGAAGCCGAAAUCUGACCCCUUGGACCUGACAUUGGAAAACGACGAAUACGAUGUAGCACCAUUGAACCUUUAGACAGUGAUGUUAUGUAAUACACGGAGUUAACAGAGUAUUGAAAAAGUAAACUUAUUCAUUUAGAUUCAUAUAGUUUUUUGUAAGAAAUUCGUUAGAGAAGUCGUCCAACAGUCAUUCAUUGUUGAGCUACAAAUAUUACGGUGCUGAAGAAAUAAACAGAGAUUUUUUUAAAAGGAGGACAGAACAUGUUUUGCUAUACGAAAUGUAAAGGCUAGUUUCCAUAAAAUCGCUGCACGCUAUCGCCGACUCCUUUGGCGACGCUGAUUGGUUAGUUGAAUCAAGGAGCAUUCCCGGUUGUGUCAGGGACAGCUACGCAGUGCAAUAAUCGCAGUGAAAAGUUGUAGCGACUGUGUAGCGAUUCUGUUGAUACCAGGCUUCAAUAAAUGUAGGAGCCAAUAUGUAUUGCGUGGACAGUCGGUCCCUGUAGCACGAUAUCUCUUGAUCGUUGUUCGCAAUUUUGCCUCUUGUGCACGUCAUAGCUAUAUACAACAUAGUUGGCCUGCAACCCAAAAACUAAAGAAAUGGUAUAUGUAUGUUCGUAGUUAAGGUUUCGUGAAAUACUGAAAUAUUUGGGUUCGAUGGUAUUUAAUCUAGUCGACUGGAACUGGCGGUAACUGCACAGUGUUAAUUUGUAAUGGUAAUAAAAUGUUACCUAUGAAGUUUUGAAACUAUUUUUUAGAAGUAUCAUAUUUUGUAAAGAAAUGAAAAAUGUAAUAAUACACCUAGUUGAAGAAAUAUUGGACUUCAGUUAUACUCAGAAUAUGUCUUUGUCUGAAGCUGCAUUUACACUAGACACGAUUACGACACGACAACGACACGAUACAGAUGCGUGCAGUGAGAAUACAAACUAUGUGAUGAUAUGUCGUUGUCGUGUCGUAAUCGUGUCUAGUGUAAAUGUGGCUUAAGAUUUGUGUUCAGGUGCCGUAAAAUGUAGAGGCCAAUUGAAUUUAAAUAUGUUAAGUGUUUGACAUGUUAACUCUAAACUUAUCAAAAUGUAUAGGCCUAACUUUGAGAACUGUAAAAUCUCGAAUAGAAGCCCAAUUGGCUUAAUUUCGAGAAGAAGCCAAUCUCGAAUUUAAGUCCCCUCUUUAGUUUGCAAAAGUAACGACGAAAAGAAACCCAUUUCGAAAAGAAGCCCAUGGGCUUCUUUUCAAGAUAGCAUGGACCUCUUUUCGAGAUAGUACAGUACAUACACUGUACAUGAA